CACCAUGGCAUGAAGAAACCACGCUCCGGGCCAAGCAAGACUGGUCGGGGGUAUCUGGGGGAGUCCACAAGUGCCACAGAGUCAUAGUGUGGGAUGGCCAAGAAGGAUUUCCAUUUCUAAUUCCAGCCCAAAAAGAGUUCCCUGUUCAAGCCAUUGUCCUUAGUACUGUUGCUGGGGGCAGGGUGAGGAGGUGUACUCUGAGUUGACAGUGUGGCAGAAGCCACACUGCGCUUUGGGCCAGACAGUACUAUGGUUGGGGAUGCCUGGGAGAAUCAUCCAGUGCCACAGAGCCAAAGUGGGGUGGCCCACCAAGGACUUCCAUCUCUAAUCCCAGCCCAAAAAACAGUUCCUUAUUUGAGCCAUUAUACUUAGAACAGUGGCUGGGGGGCUUGUCAGAAAGCUGCCGGGAACGGCCAAAACACCUUUUAGGCCGGGCAAGUCUCUCAUCAGAUAUGUCCAGGAGAGUUCCCUGGUAGCACAGAGGUAAGUCAAGGAGUGGCUCAAAAAGGAUUUCUAAAUAUAAUCUCAGCCCAAAAGCCAAUUCCUUAUUCAAGUCAAUGCAUUUCGUACAGUGGGAAUGUAGGGCUGUCAGUUGGCAGCCUGGCACUGCCGAACUGCGCUUUGGGCCAGGCAAGAUUCUGGUUAGAGGUAUCCAGGAGAGUGGCCUGGUGCUGCAGAGUCAUGGCAUGGGGUGGCCCAAGAAGCAUUUCCAUCUCUAAUCCCACCCACCAACCAAUUCCUAAUUCAAGACCAUAUACUUAGCACAGUGGCUGGGGUGCUGUCUGGCAUGGCCAAAGCGCACUUUGGGCUGGGCCAGUCUCUGGUUUCAAAUGUCCAGCAGAGUCCCCUAGUGUCACAGAGACAUGGCAUGGGGUGGCCCAAGGAGGAUUUCUAGGUAUAAUCCCAGUCCAAAAUCCAGUUCCUCAUUCAAAUCCAUAUACUUAGCACAGUGUCUGGGAGGGUGCUGUCAGUUGGCAGGCUGGCACAGCCAAACUGUGCUUUGGGCCGGGCAAGUCUUUCAUUAGAGAUAUCCAGGACAUUCCCCCAAGGCCACAGAGGCAUGACAUGGGGUGGGCCAAGAAGGAUUUCUGGGUAUAAUCCCAGCCCACAAUCUAGUUCCUUAUCCAAGUCCAUAUACUUUGCUCAGUGGCUGGGGUGCUGUCAGUUGACAGCCUGGCAAGGCCAUACCACGCUUUGGGUUGGGCAAGACUGGUAAAAUGCAUCCAGUAGAGUCCCCUGGUCAUGCAGAGGUAUUCUGAUGGGUGGUCCAAGCAGAUUUUCUGGCCAUAAUCCCAGCCCAAAAGCCAGUUCCUGAUUAGGGUCCAGAUAUUUAGCAGAGUGUCUGGGAGGUGGUGCCAGUUGGUAGCCUGGUGCAGAUAGCAGUUGGUAGCCUUUGGGCCGGGCAAGUCUCUGUUCGGAGAUGUCCAGAAGCAUCCUUUGGUGGCACCUGUCUCGGACGGCUAAAGCCGACUCGAGGUGAUUCAAUAAUUACUAGUUCAUCGGGGCGGGCUGGUGAAUAGAGAGGCUGAGAAAUCUUUAUGGUUGUAAAACUUUACUUAUGUCGCUUGCUGUUGCGACAAAAACGGUCCGGUCGUCUGAACAGCCACGUUAGUUGUUCCAGCUGGCAGGGCUCAGGCCAGCACGUCCGUCUACAAAUCGGGCCAGCAGGGAAAGGGAUACGUCUGGGAUUGCGCUCGGCAACGGGGAGACGAAUCGAUAGGUGAUCAGGCUACCUAUUAGCUCAGCCACGAGUCAGAUCUCUUCAGAAGCACUCUGCAGCGUGCUCAAAGUUCUCCGACUUGGGCGGAAGUCGCGCUAAUUUUUAAACGGCCAGCAAGCCAAUUACUAGCCGCCACGUGUGCAUAAUUUAGAACUGGCCAAUAGCGGAACACAAAUUUACAUCCGAAUGGCAGGAACUCUCUUGCACCGGGGGUUUUCUGCAACAACAGAAAGCCUUUACUUUUGCAAGAGGCUCUCAUGUGGCGUGAAAAUUCCACCGUGCCGAGGCACCAAAAGCACUGGGUUGUGACAGCAGCGAGGUGUAGUCUGGAGUGGCCCAAGAAGGAUUUCUGGGUAUAAUCCCAUCCCAUAAUCCAUUUCCUUAUUUGGUUCCAUAUACUUAGCACAGUGCCUGGGGUGCUGUCCGCAGCCUGGCACGGCCAAACCACGCUUUGGGCCAUGCAAGUCUCUAUUCAGAGAUGUCCAGGAGAGUCCCCCGGUGGCAUAGGGACAUGGUCUGGGGUGGCCCAAGAAUUUCUGGGUAUAAUCCCAGCCCAAAAUCCAGUUCCUUAUUCAGGUGCAUACAGUUAGCACAGUGGCUGAGGUGCUGUCUGUCGGCAGGCUGGCAUGGCCAAACCAUGCUUUAGGCUGGGCAAGUCUCUAUUCAGGGAUGUCCAGAAGUGUCCCUGUGUGGCACAAAGGUGUGGUUUGGGGUGGCCCAAGAAAGAUUUCUGGGUAUAAUCCCAGCCCAUAAUCCAGUUCCUUAUUCAGUUCCAUAUAUUUAGCACACUGGCUUGAGUGCUGUCAGUUGGAAGCCUGGCACAGCCAAACCACGCUUUGGGCCGGGCAAAUCUCUGGUCAGAGUUGUCCAUGAGAGUCUGCCAGUGCCACAGAGGUGUGAUCUGGGGUGGCCCAAGAAGGAUUUCUGGGCAUAAUCCCAGCCUAAAUUCCAGUUCCUUAUUCAAACCCAUAUACUUCACACAGUGGCUGGGGUGUUGUGAGUUGGCAGCCUGAUAUGGCCAAACCGUACUUUGGGCUGGGCAGAUCUCUAGUCAGAGAUGUCCAGAAGCAAACCCCGGUGGCAUUGAGGUGUGGUCUGGGGUGGCCCAAGAAGGAUUUCUGGGUAUAAUCCCAGCCCAUAAUCCAGUUCCACAUGCUUAGCACAAUGGGUUGGAUGCUGUCGGUUGGCAGCCUGGCACGGCCAAACUGCAUUUUGGACCGGGCAAGUCUCUGGUCACAGAUGUCCAGGACAGUCCCCCAGUCAUGCAGAGGUAUUCUGAUGGGUGGCCCAAGCAGAAUUUCUAGCCAUAAUCCCAGACAAAAAAACAGUUCCUUAUUCAAGCCAUUAUAUUUAGCAGCUGAAACCUCACUGUGGCAGCCAAGGCUCUACCCCAUUUUCAUCCCUUCGCCCCAUUCCCCAGCCCAGCAGCCUGGAGGCUUAGAGGGGUCGGCUGUGGGACCCCGGAUUCUUUGCCCCAUCUCCUGUUCUGACCCAUCAUACCCUUCCAAAGAAGAGAGUGAACCCAGGCUUCCGGCUGCCCUGCCCCCCGCCCCUUCUAAAAUUUUAACUAGGUCCUCCGGAUUUUAUUUCCCCUUUAAGGUUUUAUCUUCCCCUUAAAUCCAGUCCCGAUUCAUCCUCCCCGACUUUAGUGGCCACCCGUCAUUGGUCGGCCGUGGCAUAAGGGGGCGGGGCUUGAAAGGCCAGGGAGCAAAAUGGCUGUAGCGAUGUGGAGCGUGAAGGUAACAGGCAAAAACAGUCCAGCAAGUGAGGCGACCCCGACGGGAACAGGGCAGGGACGAUUCAAAUCAUAAGGCUUAAUCCAGUCUCCCCGCCUUUGUGGCCUCCCGUGAUUGGUCGGCCCUGGCACGAGGGGGCGCGGCUUCAAAGGCCAGGGAGCAAGAUGGCUACAGCAAUGCGGAGCGUGAAGGGGAUGGUGGCUCUGGUCACAGGUGGGGCCUCAGGCCUGGGCCGAGCCACAGCUGAGCGCCUCGUGCAGCAGGGUGCCAGUGCUGUUGUCCUGGACCUGCCAACCUCAGAGGGGACAGCUGUGGCCAAGGAGCUGGGAAAGCACUGUGCCUUUGCACCUGCUGAUGUGACGUCAGAGGAGGAUGUGCUUGCUGCCUUGGCCUUGACUCGGCAACGCUUCGGGCACCUUGAUGUGGUCGUGAACUGCGCUGGCAUUGGUAUUGCUCUCAAGACGUAUAAUGUCAGGAUGAACAAAGCCCAUGGCUUGCACCAUUUUGAAAGGGUCAUUAGGGUGAACCUGCUGGGUACCUUCAACGUGAUCCGCCUGAGCGUAGGUGAGAUGAUCAGAAACGAGCCUGAGGAUGGACACCGUGGUGUCAUUGUCAACACAGCCAGUGUGGCUGCCUUUGAUGGCCAGGUGGGCCAAGCUGCCUACUCGGCUUCCAAGGGUGGCAUCGUGGGCAUGACGCUGCCCAUUGCCCGAGACCUGGCCUCCGUGGGCAUCCGUGUCAUCACCAUUGCCCCAGGGCUGUUUGCGACGCCGUUACUGGGUGAACUGCCAGAGAAGGUGCAGAGUUUUUUGACACGCCAGGUGCCCUUUCCCUCACGCUUGGGUCACCCAUCUGAGUUUGCCCACCUGGUACAGAGUGUCGUGGAGAACCCCAUGCUUAACGGCGAGGUUGUGCGGCUCGAUGGUGCCCUCCGCAUGCAGCCCUGAGCUGGCCCUGGCCCUACCCCCAGGCAGGGGAUGAAUAAAGGACUGAACCUCA